GGCUGCGCUGCCUCCUCCUCCUCUCACGUAGGUUUCGACUUUCUUCCCCGCCCGGAAACUUGGUGGAGGAGCCGCGCUUGCCGCUGUCGCAGGCCGGGUUGGCGCUGGGCUUCCCUCGCCUCCUCCCUCCCCUUCCCGGGGGCGAGCGAGCUCCCUUUCCCGCUCCCGGCGCCUACAGUGGAGGUCCUCUGUCGGACAGCUACUACGUGACAAGUUUCCUUGCUGCUGGGCCAAGAGUGCCUGAUGCUGGCUAUCAUGGCUGAUCCCGUAGCAGAAGAACAGGCGUCCCAAGUUAGUGAACUGUGCUGCGAAUGUGGUCAGUUCCACCUCUUGCUGGACAAUCAUCUUUACAACUUCCAGGAUGAAGUGGACGAUGAACUCAUCUGCCAUAUCUGCCUUCAGCCUCUGCUCCAACCUAUGGACACCCCUUGCGGACAUACGUACUGUUUCAAGUGCCUUGAAAACUUCAUGCAGGAGUAUAACUUUUGUCCUAUGGAUCGGAAAAAGCUCUCUUUCCAGCAGUGCCACAAGUCCAGCCUUCUAGUACGAAACCUGUUGGAUAAGCUGAUUGUCUUCUGUCCUUUCAAGGCAGAGUGUCAGCAGAGAAUGCAGCGGUGUGAACUAGAAGCUCAUCUGCAGAACAGGUGUCCUGGUUUCAAGAAAUACAAAUCUGAACUACAGCGGAAAAAGAAUCCCAUUUCCAAAGGGAAGGAAGAUCCUCCUACCAAGGUGGAAACAAACACACCCAAGGAUCCAGAGGUACCAAGUGGAGGUUCGUCACUUGUGGCAGAAAGCUCUGCAGCUGCUGUGGUAUCACUAGGGACUGCAGAGCCUGGACUGGUUAAUCCAGCUUUUGAGGAGACUGAAGAAGACCUUCCUCAGAGAACUAGUCUUGUGGCUGAAACGACCACAAUUGAAAUUCACCGAGAAGAUCCAGAGGAAGAGCUGGGGAUGAGGAUAGUUGGGGGUAAAGACACCCCACUAGGAAACAUCGUUGUUCAGGAAGUCUUGCGGGAUUCUGUCAUUGCUGCAGAUGGCAGAAUAGCACCUGGGGACCAUAUUCUUGAGGUGAAUGGCGUCAACAUCAGUAGUGUGACUCACUGCCAAGCUGUCUCCUUCCUGCGCCACCCAGGUCCUGUUCUCCACCUCAUGGUCCUGCAGGAGAAGGGUUUUUCCAAUAAGACUGCACAGCAGGAUUCCACUUCUGCUACAAAUCGGGAAGUGAUCCACGUCACCUUGAUAAAAAGAGACCGAUCCGAACCCUUGGGAAUCAAACUGAUCAGGAAGACAGAUGAGGCAGGGAUUUUUAUUCUAGAUCUGUUAGAGGGAGGUUUGGCAGCCAAAAAUGGAAAGCUGAGUCGGAAUGACAGAGUCCUGUCAAUAAAUGGCCAGGAUUUGAGGCAAGGAACACCUGAGGCUGCUGCGCAGAUAAUCCAGACCACUGAAUCAAGAGUGAACUUUGUCAUCUUGAGGCAGCCAGGCGUACAGCUGUCGGACCCAGUAGAAGAUGGCAGCACAUCAAAUAGCAGCAGCAGCAGCAAUGGAGGAAGCCCGGUGCACCAUCGGAGACGACUAGACCAGAAUCACUAUAGACGAAAAUCUAACUACCAGAAGGAUUUACCUCAGGGAUACGUAAGUCAUGAAAAGACAGUUGCGAUAAAAAAGGAACCAAAGGAAUCUUUAGGAAUAACAAUUGGAGGCGGAAGGGAUAACAAAAACAAGCUCCCUAUAUAUGUAACGAGUGUGCAGCCUAUCGGAUGCCUCUUCAGGGAUGGCAGAAUCAAGCGAGGAGAUGUACUUUUGAGCAUAAAUGGCAUUGAUUUGACUCAUCUGAACUACUAUGAAGCUGUCUCAGCACUGAAAUCUAAUGCAGCUUCCCACUCAGUCGUACUGAAAGCCUUGGAAAUCCUUUCAUUGAACUCGACAGAGCCAUCUCUGGACAUCAAGGAGCAAGGAUUCAGCUGGUCUCCCCUCUGGAUCACAUGGCUCGGAUUGCCUAGCUACCUCCACUGCUGUCAAGAUAUUGUCCUUAGUAAAGGUAACCUGGAAAGCUGGGGCUUCAGCAUUGUUGGAGGCUUUGAGGAAAGCAAAGGAAACCAGCCAUUCUUCAUCAAAACCAUAGUGCCUGGGACUCCUGCCUUCCGAGACAGGAAACUGAAGUGUGGAGAUGAAAUAGUGGCGGUAAAUGGAGUGCCAGCGAUAGGAAUGAGCAACUCGGAACUAAUCCCAAUGCUGAAGGAGCAAAGGAACAAAGUCACGCUUACUGUGGUGUCCUGGCCGGGAAGCCUCGUGUGAAAGCUCAAAUAAAACACACAACAGUUUCAGGUAUCGGAUAUCAGCUGGCCAUCACACAAAGCUAAACGUGUGCCAGAUAAGCCAAGGGAAUGCUGAACUCUUGCUACACAACGAAUUGCCAUGGAAGACUUUUAGCUUCCUUUUUGCAGAAAACACUUCUUUACUGUGCUGAGGUUAUCAACAGAUCUGGUUGUUGGAUUCAAAGUGAUGGUUCAUCCGAACAGUUGUAGAUUCCUGGGCUCAUUAAAGCUCUUCAGGAUUGGUGUUGCAGAGAAAGCUCUUUUUCCAGUGUUUCUCUACAAAUUGCCUUUGAGGUGCUCUCCUCAAUUUUAGAGCUCUGCUUUCCAUUUAAUAUUUUGAACAGGUUAAAACAGGCAUGACUGUCUUGAUUUCUCCUGCUAGUUUAAUACAGUUCUGCUACUGAUCUUUGACUGCUAUUCUUGGACAUGGAGUCAUUUUAUACGUGCUUUUAAAAGCCACUGUAAAACUCUAAGGAUGGGGACCCAAUUAAGCAGCUCUGAUAGCCCCCAGUCUUGAUAUUUUUAGUUACUGCAACCUAAUGAAUGUGUUUAUACAUUAAAAAAAUUGUAAUUCUCAUAGCUGACAGCUGAAGAGCUGCUAGGUUAGCAUGGUGGAGCUGUGUUGACCUGUAUGAAGGUCCUAUCACCAGGUAGCUGUCAUGAAUCCUGAUUAGAAUCCUGCUGAAUAUGCCAAUUUGUUGCGAAUCCUGAUUUAGGAUCCUGCUGACUACACCGAUUUGUCGCAAAUGGGCGAUUUAGACUGCUUAAAGAACCGCUGUCAAAGGUAUCGACAAAAGUGGUUUCAUUAAAAUAUGAUGUUGUAAGAGUGCGACUUUAACAAAGUCUGAUGGCAAGGUUCACUCUUACUUAUCGCACAAAGGAUAGAACAAUGAUUCAGUUACCAAGACACAAAUCAGAGUUACCAUAAUACAAAGUUAUGUGCGAUGUUGGUUGUUUACCAAAGAUACGCUGUUGGUUAAAGGUGUCUCAGCCUCGAGGAGCAACCUUGAGAGGUGUCCCAGCUCUAGGGGAGAUCACCGCCACGCAGCCAGCUGCUUAGCAGGGAGAGCUCAAAGACGGCUCACUGAGGCUGUCGUAUUUAUGGAAUAAAGUGAUUGGCUCACAGUCAAAUUCCAUGCGAGGGAAGGAGGUAUGCAUGAGGCUCCUUGUACCCACAACUUUGUUCCUUGAUAAAUGAGUUGUGGAAAAGCCACCUGCUAUUCAUGUGUUGAUCACAUGAUCGGUGUUCCAUGCUCAUAUGCAUCGAUGCUCACUGUGUCACUGCUCCUUUGUGGGUUUUCAAGGAACAGAUUGGAACCAGAGAAGUUCUUGGCCUGGUUACAGCUUAGGCCUUUACCUCCUUUGGAGCCCGUACCAUCUACCGCUAGUUUGGUUAAGGAGUCAAGUGCAUCCAUCACAGUAGCCAGAGAUAAGGAAUUUGUUUAAUUUUCAUCCCCUUCCUCAGCUUGUUUUCCCUGGUUUUAUGACUUGAUAAAAUGACCGGCUUUUCCCACAGAAGGUAGAUGAUAAAGUAAACAAACAAACAGGCUUGUUACAAGAAACCUCUGUCCCAGGAUGCUGUCUUAUUUUUAUCAGUUUCCCAGUGAUGAGAUGCAGAGUUAAGGCAGGGGGGAGGAGGACGUACCCCACACAGCACCUGUACUGUCAGGCAUGUGCGAUGAGCUCCUGCAGUUCUGUUCCUGUCCCUCUUGCAGCUGGAGCAAACCAUCAGCUCACAGGAUCAGGGUCAGCUCAGAGGGUCGUUGGCUGCCUCGGCCAACAUGUAUGAAAAUAAGCUGUAUGAAAUAAGCUACCUCCGGAAGGACAGUGUGCCCAGUUUGGCUUCAGUUCAAAUCCACUGUAGAGUUAAAAUUUAGAAUAAAAGACUUGAAGCCAAGGCAGGUUGGUUUGACCUAUGACACACCUUGCUCGGUUCCUACCUGCAAACUCCACAUGAAGCAAUUCUCUCCUUUUUCAGAAGGUUGUUAAUCAGCAGUAGAAACGACAGAUCUUUCUCAAACCAGGUUGCACUGAGAGAGAUCUUUCCUCUUACGCUGCUUCUGCUGUACCUUUUAUGGGGCCAGCUCAGAUUAUAAGAAUCAAAGGAGUUUCUCUCACCUGUAAAAUGCUACCUAGAACGAAUGUUUAAUUCCUUGUUGUAGUAAACUGCAGGUAGAGUGCCCAUCAUUGUCUUAAGCAGUGCUUUUCUUAGGGCUGGCUACUUCAUAAUUAGCUACUACUGCAGAGUAGAAUUGUUCCUUGCUAGAUGACUUAGUUGUUUACAUAGAGAGUGACUUCACUUCCUUUGGCUGUUAGCUUAAGGCAGUAUAUAGCAGGGCCUGUUAUCAGAGCCUAUUAUACAGAAAUAGCUUAGGAUCCAAUCGUCACAAAAGCUUCCCUGGCACACGGUGUGGCCUCUUCGUUUGGCUGAUAAAUACCCCUGUGGACUUUGACAGCAGAAACAGCGCAUGGCCAGCUGGGCUCUGGGGCUUUUUUUCCCUCCUGUUGUUCCUGCUGAAUAAUAAUUCAAGAGUCAGAAAGGUGCCUGUGGAAAACUAGUCACUCGACCUCUGUCUGACACAAAGGAACAGAAAAACCUGAAGCAAUUUUUGUCUCUUUCCAAUCAAUAUGCAGAAUCUGUGCCUGGUAUGGAACAGUAAAUAUUUAUGUAGAUAGAGAGCGAGCGAUUCCUACUGAGUAGUACCAAAUGUCCCUUGUAUAAAGUCCAGUAGGAAGAAGCCACACAGCUGGUGGUCAGACAGUUUAAGUGAAGAGGAUGCUGCAGAAGGCAGCAUGAUUUUUACUAUUACUCCAUCUCGUUUCAAGGUGCCUUCAACUUCACCAAAAUGUCCUAGUAAUUUAAGUAUUGUUUCCAAGAUCAGCUUGUUAAUAGAUGUUGAAUUUGUUUUGAUGGAUGCCUUUAUAAAUUAUUGUAAUAUUACUGAAAAACAUGUAUUACAGGUGUGUUCUUAACCUUUUUCCAGUGUAUCAGCUAACACCCCCAGAAUAGGCCACCUCAACAACAGACACCUCUCCAAGAAGCUGACCUUGUGAGGCAGGAAAUAGCGUAAUUGUCUUCUGCUUCUCCCAGGAAAGGAGCUGGCCUAUCCCAAAAUAUACUAUGGCUGUGACUGGGAAAAACCCUGAACAAAAGUAAACCCCACAUACCCUUCCCCUCCUGUCUGCGAGGCUGGCUGCAGCCCACUCGUGCCUGUGGGGCUCAGAAUUGACUAGACUGAAA